CGCCAAAGCAUACUCAGCUCGCUACAAUUUCCAUUCCUUGACAACAACUGACGUACGUGCUUGAUGGCUAUGGCUAACUUCAAGAUGGCGGCGGGUCGGGCAGGGAUGUGGGUGACGGAUGAAUGCAAGAAUUCGUUCAUGGAGAUGAAGUGGAAGAAGGUGCACAGGUACAUAGUUUUCAAGUUUGAGGAGGAGAAGAUGAAUUAUUUUAAGUCAGGAGGAAGAGGGAUGUUGAAGCUGAAGGUGGACAAGGUGGGCGGAGCCGGCGAAAGCUAUGAGGAUCUGCUCGCGUCUCUCCCCAAAGACGAAUGCCGAUACGCUGUCUUUGAUUUCGACUUCGUCACCCUCGAUAAUUGCCGGAAAAGCAAGAUCUUCUUCAUUGCAUGGGCGCCAGCGGAAUCAAGAAUCCGGGCAAAAAUGGUUUAUGCAACCUCGAAAGAUGGAUUGAGGAGAGCACUGGAAGGGAUUCACUAUGAAGUUCAAGCCACAGACCCAACGGAGAUGGGAAUGGAUGUCAUCAAGGAAAGAUUAAUCAAAUAAUAUAAUCAUCCAUCCAAUUACUUCCAUCCCAUCCCAUCCCAUCCCAUCCAUCUUUAACGUAACGUAACACCAUUAUAUACAUAUAGUAUGACAUAAUGCAAUGUCUAUCUCUCGUUACUAUACAUAAAUAUAAUCAACAAAUUAAAAUAGCUAGAUACAUAGCUAGCAAGCUAGAUUACUAGUAUUACUUGAGUUGAACUAUCUAUAGUACAUAAUUAGUCCCAAUAGUUUUACUAUUACUAUUGCUAUGUAUGUUUCCUAUUUUGAUUAGUUAAUUAUCAAUCUAA